AUGGAGAAGAUCGUCUUUUCAUUCUCAGCUCAGGGCAAGAAGAUAGCUGAUGGACUCAAUCAUUUCAAUUCCACCAUCUUAAGUUGUAUUAUUCUUGGCUUAGUAAUCACAUUUCAGGAAUUUCGUUCUUGUUUUUUUUCUUUAUUUCGAGCCAUUCUUUUGGUAUUUACUCCAUAUAACAAGUCUGAAACUUCAUCAAAGUCAAAAAACUGUGGCCCUGAAAUUGUUACUACUAAUAAUGAGGCACUAUUGCAGGAAGAUUUUGAGAUAAUAUUUGAUACACUAAUGACUUUUUGCAACUCAAAUGGGGAUGAUUUUGAUAAGGUUGGAUUGGCUGAGGUUUUUGAUUCGUUUGAUGAAACAGAGCCUAGUUUAGAAGAAGUUAAAGAAGCUUUUGAUAUGUUUCAUGAGAAUGGAGAUGGCUAUAUUGAUGCAAAUGAGCUAAAGAAAGUCAUUUGCAAGAUGGGUUUCUUGGAAUUUUCAUUGGAGGAUUGCCAGAGAAUGAUUGUGCCAUAUGAUGAAAACACAGAUGGAAAAAUUGAAUUUGCUGAGUUUCUAAAGCUCAUGGAGCAAAGUACCAUGAGGUCACAGGUUCGAGUCAUGAAAACAGUCUCUUGCAGAAAUGCAGGGUAA